CUUGGGAGUUUUGGUCGCCCCCUAGUGACCGCUGUGUGAAGUAUGAAUGCACAAAGACAAACAAUCAGUUCAUCGUUGUGGAAUCCAAAUUGGAAUGCCCAGUGUUCCGUCCAGAGGACUGUGUCCCUGGAACUGAGAAAACUGAUGCAAAUGGAUGUUGCACAACCUGCACUUUAAUCAGUCACUGUGAUGUGAAGAACACCACCACCUACCUUGAGGUGAAUAACUGCAGGUCCUCUGUGCCGGUGGAAAUCUCAGCCUGCGGGGGAUCCUGUGGAACAUCUUCUAUGUACUCUGCAGAGAAAAACACCCUGAUGCACUCCUGCUCCUGCUGUCAAGAGAUGUCUACCAGUGAGAGGAAGGUGGAGAUGGUCUGCCCUGAUGGGAAGAAGAUCAUGCAGUCCUACAUUUACAUUGAUAAGUGUGGCUGCCAUGACUCUGAGUGUGACAAGAAGAACCACUUAGAUUAGGCCUUGACGAAUGAAGUCUUUUGAAGUGUUCUUAUUUACCUGCAUGGAAUAUUCAAUAGUUUUAUCUAAAGGGAACCAAUAGGGUCUGUCUCAUUAUCAUAUAGGCUACUUUCAUGAACUGCAUGUCCUUUCUCUCUACACUAUCAUAGACAUUAUGCAAACCUAUUAAACUGAUGAAGAAGCAUGAA